UAACCGUUGGCUCAAACUGCGUUGCGUUUCGCAUGGCGCUUCUCCGACUCUCUCUGACUGCUUCAUCGCCGUGAGUUUUCGUGGGCGCACUGAAUUAUAACUGAUCUUCACCCUCGUAGUUGUCAUUGUAUUUCAUUCUUCAGUGUUUGUUCUGAUCACCGUUAAGCAAAGGGCGCGACAAUGUCUGAAAGAAAAGUUCUCAACAAAUACUACCCUCCGGACUUCGAUCCGUUGAAAAUACCGAGACUUAGGCUUCCCAAGGACAGACAGUACACGGUUCGUCUCAUGGCUCCUUGCAAUAUGAGGUGCAAAACGUGCGGCGAAUACAUCUACAAGGGAAAGAAGUUCAACGCACGGAAAGAAACCGUGCAGAAUGAAGAUUACCUUGGAAUCAAAGUGUUUCGUUUCUACAUCAAGUGCCCACGCUGCCUUGCUGAAAUAACGUUCAAGACAGAUCCUGCUAAUUCUGACUACAUCGUGGAGCAUGGGGCCACCAGAAACUUCCAGGCUCUUAAGCUGGCUGAAGAGGCAGCUGAGCGUGAAGCCAAAGAAGAAGAAGAGGAGGAAAAGAACAACCCUAUGAAGCUGCUGGAGAAGCGGACAAAGGCAUCCAAGCAAGAGAUGGACCUGAUUGAGGCCCUUGAAGAUCUGAAGGAUUUGAAUAAGCGGCAGGCCAACGUCAAUUUUGACGACAUGCUGGGACGCUAUGCUGAUGAGAGGGAAGCCAUGCUCCAGAAGCAAGAGGAAGAGGAUGAAAAGUUUAUUGCGUCCGUAUUUGGAAAAAACGAAGGUGCCACAGUGAAAAGAAUUAUUGAAGACAGUGACGAAGACAGUGGGGAAGAAGUGUCGAAGAAGCCAAAAACAACUUAUGAAAAACCUACGGAUAUCCUAGCUGAGGACUACAGCAUGCAGCCCGCGAAAGCUGUGAGCCAAUCGACGGCUUCUGGUGCGUCUGGAAAAUCCACCUCUUUGAAAGCAGCACUCGCCGGUUUAGUGCGGCCAAAGGGAUCAUGUGCUUCAGGAGUCGGUGGGACUACACCUCAAUCCCCUAGUUCUUCAAACAUAGCACAGUCGGCGCCAUGUUCAUCGACAGCAGCAGUCAGCGGGACUACGCCUCAAGCUCCUAGUUCUUCAAACAGUGGACAUUUGGGGCCAUCUUUGUCAACAGGACUUAGCCUGUUGGGCACGUACUCUGCAAGCGAGGAAAGCAGCUCAGAUUGAUGGCAGCACAUAGCUGUGCUUUACGUGUAUUCACUGCCAAGUGUUCGACAGUGCACAAUGCAUUCUCUCAGUGCGUUCAUCUGUACACCCUGAACUGUCACACAUAUGCUGCUGAGUUGAGAUGUCUUCAAAAGGACAUGCUUGUUUCAACACAUUAUAUUAAUCUGGUCGUUCUUCAACGACACAUGACAUUGUGCGGGGUAAAGCUAAUUGUUUUAGCACUGUAUUGCCAAGUGUAAUUGCGUAAUUGAAGUAACAGGCAGGCAGUUUUACGGUUCCACGGUUACGGUGCAUACUCGGGAAAGAUCUAGUGAAGGUGCAUAGCUGUGCAGGUAACAUCUCAGUCUCGUUAGAUAAGCCCCUCACAGCAUCAUGACAACAGGGAGAUCUGCCGAAGUGGUGCCAUGACAGCUAAAUCCUUAUGAUGGGUUGCCUGCUGUUAUUAGUGGAAAAAUAUGCAUCAUGUAAGUUAUUAGAAGCAAACAAAAGCACUAAAAGUAGGUGGAGGAACAUGAAAUAAGCAUUUUAAGAAAUAAUAAGCAAAGGCAGGAGGAAAAGUAGUAUUCCUCACUUGAUAGUACAUGGUGAAAUGAUUGCAUAAGAUUGUUACAACUAUCUUGCUCUCGCUGUAUGACGACAGAAAAGUUGAAUAAAAUAUGUAGCUGAGAUUGAACCAUGCAGACAGCGAUAACCUACUGCACAUAGAUCUUCACAGUGCAUCUUCACAAUUUUCCAGCUUGAGAGCACCACCAUGCUAGUAUUGCUGUACAGAAAAAAAAGUUAUAGGCACAAAGAAAACACCUUUGCUCCCUUCUAUUCUUUCUUUCGGUGGCUUUCAUUUCACUUUGCAUCCCGUCUUGUUAAUUUCCCAAUGUCAUACAUUUUGAGAUUUGGCACUGUCUUGAAUAGUGCUGCUUGAUCACCUG